UGUCCCCCAUUGGGGAUACAGCCAUAAGGAAAGGAAGGAUGUUUUCCUGGCACAUCUCCUCAUUGGAGGAGUCAGCCAUAAGGAAAGGAAGGGAAGGAACAUAUGUUUUCACCGUGUAGGGUUGAAAUAUAAUUAACCAAUCAAGUUAGCUUAUUCCGCUCAAAUCUCGUUUGUAAUUGGUUAACUCUAUUUGAACCCUACACGCUAGAAACAUAUGUAUACUUCAAUUGGCUUUAGACGAGUUAGUAUGUUUCUAUUUUGAAGAACUUGCUAUUGGAACCCAGUGAACCUGGGUCUAUGAUGUGAAUUUCGUGGCGUAUCAAUGUCUCGAGAAACACUUUCAUUUAAAUGAGGAAAUAUGCAUCAGGAGAAAAUAAUAAAAAAAAUCCCCGGGGAUAUUCCUCCACCAUCUAAAAACGAACAUGUGGGUUAUAUUGAUGAUCUUAGCAAGAAAGAAAAAUUCGAGCUUGAAGAACUUUUACAGAGACAAACAAAACUUCUGCUUAACAAAAAUUUCAUAGCCAAACUACCUGAUAAGGGACAGAAAAUUACAAAAUUCCGAAACAAGAUUAUUGUAGAACUUAAACACAGAAAUGAUGUUGAGGAUGCUGCCAAACUUUUAUCAAGACUCAACAUUGCUGCCGAAGGUAAAGUGGCAAUGAAUGAAAUGGAAUGGAGAGGUAACUAUACAGACAAAUCUGCUGGAAUAAAGGUUGCAGAACUGGAUAGUGAUGAUGAAGAUGAUCCUCUGAAAAUUCUUGCACAGCCAACAGGUAGCGGUACUCACAAAAGGAAAAUAAUACAGUUGGCACCUGCUAAGAGUUUAAUAACACGUGAGGAUCUGGAGGAAAUAGAAUCGUUUAAGAAAGCAGAACAUGUCAACAUGAAGCAUGUAAACUAUAUUGUAAACAAAGUUGAAAGACCACAGGAGUCACAUGAACAAAAGAAACGGGAACCUUUUAAACCAUUUAAAACAACAAAGAGUAAUGUUCAUGAUCCUGCGAAGGAGAGAGAACGGAAAAAGCACAAGCACUGGGAAGUGACUGCUGCCACACCACCAUUUACAGUUCAUGGUAUUGGAAAAUUAUUGGAUUUACAGGAAUCAUUAAGGCUUCAAAUGGAACAAGUGGAUAGACUUCAGAAAGUCCAUGCUCAACACGCUGCCGAGCGACUACUUGAACAAUUUGGAUCGCAUAGUUUGGGCGAUGUCCCUGUUAAUGUAGGUAAUUAUCGUUCGAAUAUUGAAAAAGGUUUGAGUUCAUCUGCAUCAAGUUCGGACGACGAGGAGCAACAUGAGAUUCAUGAUGAUGAAGCUGACAAAGCGGGUACUGUUUUCGUAACAACUGGUACAAUAGAUACGUAGUAUGAUAGAAUAAGAUAAUAAUGAACAAUUGUAUCUUGUUACGUGUUUAUUUACGAUUCAAUCUAUUUGUACAAUGUAAGAAAUGCAUUUUUGUUUCGGAUAUAAAAUUUUUCAUUAUAGGACUAAAUAAACAGAGUUUUUAGAGUG